AUGUUGAAAUUUAAUUGGUCAGCAAAAAAUGAAUGAAACUUCCAACCAGAAGGAUAGGUCUUUCUAGAAAAUCCGUCAGCAAAAACAAAUCAUUUUGGAAUAAGGCAACACUUACCCCUUCUUAACCUUGUCCGCGUCCUGUGCAAUUGAAUAGUAAUACCAUUCUUAGUCUCGAGUCUACAAUGAAAAUGCUUCAUCAUAUUCAAAAGCGACUGUUUCAUAUCCUUCUCCAUUCUUUCAAGGAGUCAUGGUCAAUGUCUCCCACCUUCCCUGUCCCAGUCACACCCCAACAAACAAGCAUGCUACACAUAGUAUUAAUUAAUCACACAAGUCAAAUAAUCAAUUAACAUAAACAUGAACUAAACAAACAGCCAAAGAAUCAAUCAUCCUCCUUCAAGUAAUCAAGCACCCUUCAAAUCUCAAAUUCAGAAUCAAUCAAUUAAUCAAAUAAUCAAUCAGGUUGAUCAUGGACAGGUUAGUGAAAGCAGACACAAAGGAAGUGGAGAUGAUUUUUCUGAAGGGCCAAAAGUGCAGCUCCUCCUUCAAGCUCACCAACCUCAUGCACACCAUGUCAGUGGCAGUGUCUUUAACCACCACAAACUCUUCUCUUUUCUCCAUCAACAAACCCUUCUCCACAAUUCCCCCACUAUCUACGGCAUCAUACAAACUACAACUCUCUCAGCCCUCCGAUCAACCCCCUCUCUCCGACCCUCCCGACGCCAUCACCGUCCGAGCAACCAUGCUCCCCACCGGGAAGGCCACCGCCGCCGACCUCCGCCGCUUCUUCUCCAAACCCGGCCCCCACGUCUUCCGCGACGCCGUCUUAACAGUCUCCCUCGUCGGCCCCCACGUAGCGGAGUUCCUCAUCUCCCAAACCCCCCAAUCACGCAACCUCUUCGCCAAAUCCAUAUCCGCAUGCACGAAACCGCAGCUCAUGAGGCUGCUCAAACCCGCCGUCGAAUGCGGAAGCACCGACGCUGUCGCGGAUUUACUCAACGCUGGCGCAGACGCGACCGCAACCACGGAAUCUCUCAUGCCGCUCGCAAUUAGGGUUGGGAACCUCCACGCGGUGAAGCUUCUGGAAGCCUCAGGUUGCAAAAUCGACGGAUCGUCUCUGCACGAGGCCGCGGCGAUGGACCGAAUCGACGCGAUGGAGUUUCUGUUGGCGCGCUACGACGGCGAGCUGGACGUGGAUGCGGUGGACUCCGAGGGGAGGACGGCGAUCCACGUGGCGGCGAGGGAGGGGCACGCGAGGGUUAUCCAGUUCUGCGUCGCGAUGGGAGGAAACCCUAAUCGAGUGGAUUCGAAGGGGUGGACCCCACUCCACUACGCGGCGUGGAAAGGGCACGUGAAGGCCGCAGAGUGUUUGUUGGAAUGCUCCAACGUGAAGUGCGCGAGGGACAGGGAGGGGAGAACGGCGUUUUCUGUUGCAGCGGAGAGUGAGCACGAACAAUCUCACGCGCGCACGCGCCUGGUCGAUUUGCUGGGUUGGGGCGAUGCGCUGCUGCGUGCGGUGAGAGUUGACGAUGUUCACGGAGUGAAGAAAUGUUUGGGGGAAGGGGUUAGUGUGAACGGGAGGGACCAGAACGGGUGGACCCCAUUGCAUUGGGCAGCGUUCAAGGGUCGAAUAAAGAGCCUGAAGGUGUUGCUUGAACACGGCGCCGAGGUUGAAACCGUUGAUGAUGCUGGCUACACUCCGUUGCAUUGUGCUGCCCAGGCUGGCCAUUUGCAAGUUGCCCUCUACUUGAUCGCUCAUGGUGCCUCUCAACCCAAUCUCAAGUCCUUUCCACAUCUUGCUCACCCUUUUCAAAAUCAUAGUUUCACACUAAUUUGAGUUUCCCUUCUGUGUACAUAACAUCCAGUAUAUUUGUUAGAGGAGAAAACAUGAUUUUCAUGUCAAAUACGUUUGUUACAUGGGAAUUUAAAUUGUGUAAAACUUUUUCUCUAAGUUUUAUUCUUACUCCUUUUCUUAUUUUACACAUCCAGUUUAAUAAUACCCGGCUCUUGUUUCUUCAGUGUCUCUGUUACUAAGCUGGGGAAACUGGCAGUGUUUCCCGCCAACUCGUGGUUGCAUAUUUUGCUGUAUAAAACUGAUACGAAAAUUAGGUUAGGUAACUAAUCAUGAUAUGAAAUUGUGUUUUAUUUUAUCAUCGUGGAUAAUGGAAUGUUUUUCAUUCAUGUGUUU